AUGGCUGAAGAACAACAGAAGAAGGGCGUGUUUGGCACUGUCACGUCCGGUCUCGGCAAUGUCGGAAGUGGCGUGACGAACACCGUCGGCAAAGGCGUCGGAGGCGUCACUAAUACACUUGGCGACACGGUCAGUGGCGUUGGAAAAGGUCUCGGAGACACUGUUGGCGGUGUGACGAAGGGCGUUGGUGAUACUACAAAAUCUGCGGGUGGCCUGGUUACCGACACGACCAACAAGGCGGGCGAGUCUAUAGGAGGGAAGAAGUCGGAUGUGGGAGACAAGAAGUCGGAUGAGCAGAACCACCUCGGAUUGUAA